CAACAACAGAGUGAUGUGGACAUAGGUCACCGAGGUUCUCGUCAACGGUGCUGCGGAUUUACCAAAGGCACGAGUGAUUACCUCCUGACGACGGACGGAAGAGCCAACGGGACGGGUUCACGAUGGAUAAGGUGGAAAAAAUUUUCUCCAUUAAAACACCCCGCAUCAAGCAGAAGGAUUUGAAGUGCCGGAAUGGAUGCGGAUUCUAUGGCAACGCGCAGUGGUACGGGCUGUGCUCCAAGUGUUAUCGCGAACGCUCGCAGAAAGAACGGCACACUCAGCCGUUUCGAUUGCUGAGGAACCAGUCUCAACAGCAGCAUCAAUCCCGGGACGUAGCACAAUCGCCUUCCCCACAUGGGUCGGAACAGCAGGCAACAACUUCCCAUGGCGGCCAACUGCAUGCGUCACAGUCACUGCACUCUAAGCUUAUCCCCAAGCUGUCAGGUGAUCGCGAUGAGAAGAAGAAAAAGCUGAAUAUUAUCGAUCUGAUCAAGAAGUCUACCCCGGGCAGAGAUUCAGAAAAAUCGCGUCAUCACCACCGACAAGCGUUCGAUAAGCUCGAACAGGAAUACGUCGAUGCACUGAAAGCGUUGAAGGUGGAUGAGCCUGCGAAACAGGAGCUAAAGUACUUCAUCCACAUGCUCGACCAACAAAUUCGCAAAAAGCAUGCCACCAGCAACAUCGACGAGGUGUCGGAGCUGGUGCAGAACGGGUACACAAAGUUCCGCGAUUACAUGCAGAUGGAUAACUCCAAGUUCGCGAGCGCAUCCGAGGAGAUGCGGGAACAGGUGCUGGAUUUCUUCGAGCGCUGCAUUAUGACCAAGAAUCACAAGCAUCUGUUUUCGCCGCCAUCGACCACUGACGAGGAUAACGAUUCCUACAUUCACAAGCGUAUCCGCCAGCUGAGCUGGAUCACGGCGAAGCAUCUGAUGUGCAGCAUUGACGAGGUAAACUCGGAAGUGCGCGAGCUCGCGUACACCGCCAUCACCGAGCUGGCCUCGGUGGACUCGUUCCUGUCGCCGCAGGAAAAGCUGGACUGCAUAGUGCGCUGCUGUCGGCACAUCUUUAGCUUCCUGAAGAAAUCGGUGGAUGGCCCAGCCAGUGCGGACGAUUUUCUGCCGGCGCUAAUCUUCGUGGUGCUCAAAUCGAAUCCGGUGCGGUUGCACAGUAACAUCAACUUCAUCACACGGUUCAGCAACGCGUCGAGGUUGAUGAGCGGUGAAGGCGGCUAUUGCUUUACCAAUUUGUGCUGUGCAAUUUCGUUUAUUGAAAAUAUUACCCCAGAGUCGCUAUCGCUGACGCAGCAAGAGUUUGAUAGUUUGAUGGCGGGUGAGAACGAGGGAACGUCGGCUUGGGAAAGUGCCCUGAUUGCCUGCGAAAGUUUACACCAAAUCUCGGAGAACAUGAAGGUGAUGAAGACGCUGGACACGAAGAACGAUGAACUGUACAAGGGAAUUGUGGCGCUCGGGGAGGAGAUUGCAACCUUUCAAUCCGAGAUCCAGGAGACUGUGGCAAAGGUGCUCGCGCGGACCCCGUUGGUGCUUAAACCCAUCCAAACACCGCAGCGAGUGGUAGCUUUGAGGCGACCAUACCAAGCUACGUCGGGGACAGCGUACGUGCUCCCUUCGUCUCUUUCACUGGACAUAGCGGCUACCGGGGGUCACUUCGGUUCGAAUCUGGUCGCCGCAGUGAAAACCACUGACAUGGAAGUUUCCAGCAGUAAACCAAAGCCAUCGAUGGUUACGACAGAACAAACACACCCGACGACUACACCGUCGUCCACCGACGGUCAGAUUGAUAAGCUGGUACAAAACCUAUCAAGCACACUGGCGGCCACACCGUUGCUGUCGGUGGAUUCCGGUCCAACCGAGGAGCCGCCCACCGUCAAUGUUCCCUCACCAUUCGGCGGUAUGAGCAUGAGCGCCAGCAAUUCGGCCGAUCUGCUGUCCGCUUCACCGUCCUUCGACUACAACAACAUCUUUGACGCGCAAUCGCUUGACGGGCUAACGACCCCGGACGAUCUGGCGACGGACUUUAUCCGCGGUAUCCGUAACAUUAACUAUGAUUUCGAUUUUUCCGACCACAGCGGUGACAAUAGUGCAGCGGACGAUUGCGAUGUCCGCGCCCUGAAACCAACGGCUAGCAGUUCCGGUAGUGCCGUUGUCGUAUCUUCAGCAAACCCACCGACAAAGCCACAGUUCGAUCUGGAAGAGUUUGAUCCGUUGCUGCGCAAGGAACAGGGGGACCCACAGAAACCAUUGCCGCUCCCUUUGGUGGCUCCCGGUAGUGUGGAAGCGUCGACCGGCGGCAGUCUGUUGGAUGAUUCGCCCGGAUCGCUGAUGCUCGAAUCACCGCUCAAACCGACCGUGGCCGACUUUCAAGGUUUCUCGCUGCACGGAUGCAACAUUCCAACGAUCACGUGUGCCACCGGUGAUUUGCACCCAUCGGGUGGACCGUGCCUGGUACCACUAGGUGCAUCCGGGGCCACCACUUCGGUGGCUCUUCCUUCCGGUUCUGCACGGUCGACGUACAGCGACUCCAACGCAAAUAAUGACACAAGCUUAAUUUGAACCGCAAUUGAGCAAAUUCGAAUCGUGUGAACGAGUCCGAACAGUCAACGGGAUAGAACGGGAUAAAUUGUUACUGUAAAAUGUGGCCGGGCCGCUUGGUCGAGUAAUGUUAACGAUAGGAAGCAGCAAACG